AUGUGUUUAUCAUUGCUGAACGUGAACGUUUGCCAAUUCGAUGAUUGUGGACUUCGCUUUGCUAACCUUCAUGAUUUGCUGCAUCACAUAGAGGAUGUCCACAUCCCUCCAAUAGAAGAGAAAAUGAUGAAAGAGGAACAUACUAUUAAAACAACAGAAUCAGAAGAAGAUUCUUCAAAAGAUGAAAUUGAAGUGGGAUAUCCUCUAAGCGUUGUUCAUAGAUUCUUCAGAAAGCUUCCACCGGAGAAACCUGUUCCAAUCAAACGUGAAAUUAUUAAACUUGCAAUUGGUCACUACAGGCCAGUUGCACGUUUUUCUAGAAAAAAACCAAUACUUUCUGCAGUUACUAAUGGAAUAGGUCACGGAUAUUCUGGAAUUAAGCGCUUUGAUCAACGUGAAAUAUCAAAUGACCCACACAAAAGUCAAGAGUGUGUGGAUCAUGAGAAGGGGACUGAUGAAAGACGCUACAAGUGUCCAGUUGAAGGAUGCAACAAGCGAUAUAAAAAUUUGCAAGGAGCACGUUAUCACGCGCGUCAAAUACAUGGGUAUGAUGACAGUAACAACGCAAACAGCGCAGUGUCAUUUGACUUGACUGCAGCAGUCCCUGGGCAAGUUGCGCCAUUAAUACGGGGUACCAGCAGCAAAUAUUCAAACUUACGUCCUUAUAAGUGCAGCCAAUGUUCAAAGCGAUACAAGACUAUUGUUGGGUUAAAUAAUCAUGUUCAACAAACGCAUCAGCGAAUCAACAGCGUUGUGAAUUCAGCUUUGUCAACGAAUUUGGUACCUGUUUCACCGUCAGCAGUUUCUAUAUCUGCUAAUAAUAUUGCCACGCCACCUGCAGCUACUCACAUUUAUGUUCGCAAUUUCACAUUUUCUAAAAAUGUCUCAGAAAGUAACGAACAUAUAACAGUACCUCCAAAUUAUUUGGCACCCACAUCUAUCCAAAAUGCAGCUCAAUUACGAGUUAAUACCCAAGCCUUCCAUUCAUUUUCAUCAUCUAUUGGACAUCAGUAUCAACAACAGCAGACCAGUGCUGUUACAAAAAUUUUAUCAGUCGCCAGUAAUACCGCAGUGAAGAAUAUGAAUGUGUUAUCGGCUUAUGGCCCUCAAACAAGUACAGAAGUAAUCGCAUCCGUCAGUCGUCAGCCUGACGUACCACAGAUAUUAGGUAACAGAACAGUAAGGAACAUCCUGCGGAAGUGUGCCCAACAAACAGAAGAGUGA